CAUUAUGCGAUCACGCCAAGGGACUUUAGACUAAACUAGCUUCAGCACAGACCAAGGGAGCUUCAUACAUGAGGCCUCUGUGGUGAGUUACUGGGUGCUGCUAUCAUUCAUCCCCCUACAGUAUGAUGACCAGUCUGAUUGACUUCCUGCAGUUCUUGACCUGAUCCUGGUGGACUGGUGGAGGAUGAAACAGAGCAAAUGGCUGUUUAAAUACUCAUUGAAACUUAGAGCCAAACAACUUGGGAGCUGGUGACUGGAUAGAGGAGGUGACCACGAACAGUCAUGGGAUGUGGUGUCACAAAGUCCAACCAGUUCCACAAAAACUCUGGAAAAGCUGUCACAUCUAUAAAAGCUGCCAUCCUCAUUCAGCGAUGGUAUCGUCAGUAUGUCGCCCGCACAGAGAUGAGACGGAAAUACACCUGGCACAUCUUUCAGUCCAUCGAAUACUCAGGAGAACAGGCUCAGAUAAAGCUUUAUAACUUCCUCGGCUACCUCAUGGACAAUUUCACACCUACAAGCAAUGAACGGAAUUUGAUCUCGCACAUCUUCAGAGAUAACGAUGUCUGUCGGGACACAGAGUGGGAGAGGUUUUUCUGCUACAAGAAAAUAGAAGUGCCAGAGAUUUACUCUGGACCUCACCUCACCUUCCCUCUGACGGUAGAGCAGGCAGUCGGGCUGGUGGAGGCCUUUAGGAACAAGAAACAGCUGCACUCGCGCUACGUCCUCCAGCUGCUGCUUGAGACGCUGAAACAAAUCCGGAUGUUGCCCAAUAUCAACCGCAUCUCUACCUGCCAAAGCAAAGAAAUCACUAUUUGUGGUGACUUGCACGGACAACUAGAAGACCUUCUGCUGAUUUUCUACAAGAAUGACAUGCCGUCCAUGGAGAAGCCCUAUGUGUUUAACGGAGACUUUGUAGACCGAGGCAGCGACUCCAUUGAGAUCCUCCUCAUCCUGUUUUCAUUCCUGCUUGUCUAUCCGAGUGAAGUCCAUCUCAACAGAGGAAACCACGAGGACCAUAUAGUCAACCUGAGGUACGGCUUCACAAAGGAGGUGCUGACUAAAUACAAGAUGCAUGGCAAACGGAUCCUGAAGCUGCUGCAGGAGAUUUUCAGCUGGUUGCCAUUAGCGACGGUGAUCGACCAGAAGGUGCUGGUACUCCACGGAGGGAUCUCCGACACCACAGACCUCAGUGUCCUCGCCCGUGUGGACAGACAUAGUUACGUCUCAGCACUGAGGCCUCCGAAGAAGAGAAACCAGAGCUCAGCGACAUCGUCCAUCGACAUAGAUAUGGAGGGGGACAUCUUGUCCCACAUCAAGCUCACCCAGCGUCGGACCUCACUCACGUAUCCCAAACCCCUCGCCCGCGACAUCUUCCAGAACCGCUCGCUGCAGGACUUCUCCGGACUGAUCAAAGGUAAUAUGGUGGAUGAUGUGGAGAUCCACAGGAAGAGACCGUCCAUUUCCAUCCAGGGAAUCAUCAAACCAGAAAAUGAGACGACUCAGGCUGCGUCCUCUGAGUCUGUCAACAGUGAAAAUGUCAACGACGAGUGGAAGCAGAUCCUGGACCUGCUGUGGAGCGACCCGAUGAACCAGAACGGCUGCGUACCCAACGAGGUGCGGGGCGGAGGCUGCUACUGGGGCCCCGACGUCACAGAGGACUUCCUGAACAGACACAACCUGCAACUAAUCAUCCGCUCCCACGAGUGUAAACAGGACGGUUACGAGUUCUGCCACAACCGAAAGGUCCUCACUCUGUUCUCCGCCUCCAAUUACUAUGACGUGGGAAGCAACAGGGGGGCCUACGUGAAGUUGGGUCCAGACCUUGUGCCUUAUUUAAUUCAGUACCAGGCCAGCAGCAUGAUCCGAGAGCUUACCGUGAGACAAAGUGUCGGACGAACCGAGCGCUCAGCCCUUAAAGUCCUGCGGGAGCAGCUGUUUGCGCACAAAUCUGACCUCGCCUGUGCCUUCAAAAUGGUUGACCGCAAGAACACAGGUUAUGUGAAUGUACACAACUGGGCCAGUGCAGUGGAGAGUGUGAUGCACCUCGGUCUGCCCUGGAGAAUGCUGCGCUAUCAGCUGGUCACCAGUAAGACCAGUGAUGGCAUGAUCAACUACCACGAGUGGUUCAACGAUCUCGCCAUCAAAGGAACCAACACAGAUCACAUAAACCAAAGUCUACUUGAGACUUUGUAUCGCCACCGCUCCACCUUGGAGACCAUCUUCAGAAUUGUAGACACCGACAACUCAGGCUUCAUCACCAUGGAGGACUUCCGGCAGACCUGGAAGCUGCUGAGCGUCUACCUAAAGAUGGAGAUCACGGAUGACGCAAUAUCUGACCUGGCCGUCACCAUUGACCGCAACCAGGACGGCAGCAUCGACAUCGACGAGUUCAUGGAGGCCUUCCGCCUCACGGACAAGAAGAGCCGGCUGGAGCGAGGACGCAGCAUGUUCAUGGGGACGGCCACCGACCUCACCAAGCUGGAGGGAGACCUCAACAUAUGAGCAGAGAGAGAGAGAGAGAGAGAGAGAGAGACUGAAAACAGAGAGCAACCUUAGCUCAGACCUCACCAGAUAGCCAAGGGGAUGGGAGAGAGGGGAGAUAAAGCCAACGCAAGCUGCUUUAGUGACGCACAUUGAGACGUAGGAUGCUGCUGAGCAACAGCUGCGUAGUUCACAUGGGAUUAGAGUGAGGAUAGAGUUCAGGGUAUUUGACAGCGAAUAUUCAUUUCACAUUUUGAUGCAGUUUUAUCCACUGAGGCUGCGUGUGUGUGUGUGUGUGUGUGUGUGUGUGUGUGUGUGUGUGUGUGUGUGUGAAACACAACUGCAUUUUAUCUCUUUUAUUAAGUUAGAAUCGUCAAAAACUGUUGCAAAGGCAAAAUCCACAAACAGAAACAAAAAGGCAUCAUAUUUAGGCUGCAUGAUUUUUAAAGGUAAGCUAUCCUGUGCUUUUCUCAAAAAUAGUAUAGUGUAGUAAAGACUAAUACAAAAGUAAUGCCUUUCCACACUUAGACCCACUAGAAGUGUGUGGUGGCAUCUGAAUUUGCAGAGACCCUUCCCUCUGCCUGUGUUCUCCCUUUUCUUUUUCUUUUUGAAAGUUGGAGAGUUUUGAAAAACCAUGGCACUUCUGGGCAUCAACAAAGAGCCUUUGGGCCCCACGUUGGUGUGUAACCCCCAGCCAAUAACAUUCUUAUUUUCAACCGCUGCUUUGCCUCUCAGCAUCUCAUACCGACCAAACCGACGCACAAGUCUAAUGGACACAGACACCACUGACUCCAGAUGUUUUUAAAUGGACGUUUCGGUUGAUCGAUUUUCAUUACGUCAAUUCCCAUAUACGUAUAUCAAUAGGCUCAGUACAAAGACAAUAAUACAUUGUAUUAAUCAAGCAAUGUCUCAAAAAUAUCCAAAAGCAGUUGUAAGUUACAUGAAAAAAAACAUUAAAAUAUUGCACAUAACAAAAAGCAUUUAAAACACAUUUAACCAGGAAAUCUCCAAUGCUGCAACUAACAGUUAUGUCAUAAAAAAUGAAUCUGCUAAUUCUUUUUUCAAUUAACUGUUUGGUCUAUAUAUCAUCAGAAAAAUGCUUAUUACAAUUUUCUAGAUCAAAAGGUGAUGUCAUGAAAUGUUUUGUUUUGUCCGACCGAAAAACAAAAACAAAAAAUGUUCAAUAUACUAAAUGUUAGAACAAGAGAAAGGAGCAAAUAUUAAUAAUUGACAAAUUUAAACAAGAGAAUGUUUGGAUUUUCUACUAAAAUUUGACUUAUAUUUAGUUUACAAUGAUAAAAAAAAAGAGACAAAAGCAGCAAAUCCUCACAUUUUCAUAGCAGGAAACUAAGAAAGAAAUGACAAUUGUUUCAGUGUGCAGAUGUUCCUCUUUUCAUUAAUGCUGAUUUCCAAUAGCCUUGCAUCUACAUGGGAUGUGCGAAUAACUAUACUCCUCUUAAAGACUUUAUAGAUAGCAGAAACUAAACAAAAAAUAUAUGAUAAGACUAUGAAUAUUUGUGCAAUUCUACAUCAGUUGCACUAAUUAAUUGCAACUUUAAAUUUUGCUGGUGCCUUAGCAGUAGAAGUGUUUUAACUUCUAGGGAUGAAGUUACUGUAAGUCUGCACUGAUGAUGUUUUGUGUCAGUGCCAACUGCCAACGAUGUCCUGGGGUCCCUCCUCGUCUCAGGUGGGAUUCAAAAACUUCCUUUGUCCAGAACGGAGAACUCAUGCUUUUAUUCAUUUUACUUUUAGGAUGUAUUUCUACCUCCAAAUUGUUUAUUUAAAGCCCAGAACAAUUGCUGUGUUUUAAAGGGAUAGUUUGAUAUUUUGGGAAAUACGUUUAUUCAUUUUCUAGUUAGCUGAGAGGAUCAUUACCACUCUCAUGUCUGUCUGUUCAAUAUGAAGCUGGAGCCAGGAGACACUUAGCUUAGUUUAGUAUUAAGACUGGAAACAGCUAGCCUGGUUCUGUCCAAUGGAAACUAAAUCCAAAUACCAGAACCACUGAAGCUCAACAAUUAACACAUUUUACCUAACUUUACUUUUGUUUAAUUCAUACAAAAUCUGUGAUUUUACAGAUGGUGGUAGACAGAUUUCUUUUCAUUUUGGACAGAGCCAGGCUAGCGGUUUCCUUCUGUUUCCAGUCUUUAUGCUAAGCUAAGCUAACCGGCUGCUGGCUGUAACAUCAUAUUCAGUCUGUUAUAAAAUGUAACAUCAUAUUCAAUCUGUUAUCAGUCUUCUUAGCUAAUAACUAUCAGCAAGAACGCAAAUAAUAACCAAAACUUUUAACUAUUUCUUUAAGAUAUGUAGACAUGGUGUUUUAGUUUUUUUGUUAAAUCUUCUGUUUUCAUUGUUAAAUAAAAUUCGCACAUUGUUUCAUAUUAUUAUAACUCAGCCAAAAGAGACAUGAGGAAAUCUGUGUGCAUUUGAGUAAAAUUGUUUGUUUUUUUGCAUGAUGACCAUGUAUAAUGUUUACUGUAAAUACAUCUCACAGUCACAUUUGUAGCAUU